UCUCUAGUGACUAUAAGAGAACUCACAUGUUCACCAUGUCUCCUGCACUCUACAACUACCUGUUUAUUCUUCUAAUAGUCCUCCCUAAAGGGCUCUCUCAGUUGGUGAGAACACAGCAGGUUGUCACAGCAACCCUGGGAGAAGAUGCAAUCUUAAACUGUGAGCUCAAGAAACCCAAAGACGUGCGGCAAGUCACCUGGCAAAAACUGACAAGUGGAGCGAAUGAAAAUGUGGCCACCUACAGUAAACGCGGUCCCAAUGUCAACCCACAUUUUAAGGGGAAAGUGGAGUUUGAAGACGAGGGUCUGCAGAACUGCUCUAUCAUCAUCAGAGGAGUGUCAAGAGGAGACGAGUCCUGCUACAAGUGUCUGUUUAACACCUUUCCAGAUGGAGCUAUCAGCAGCAAGACCUGCCUCCAAGUCAAUGAGCUGUAUGGACCCUCACUCCUCAUCACACAAACCAACAACAGUCACACCACUCUGUCCUGUUCUGCUACUGGACGACCUGCUCCUAUAGUGACCUGGGAUGACAUGAUGAUGGAACAUUCCACCACGGUCGAUGUCACCCAUCCCAAUGGAACUAUCACUGUGACAACUACUGCAACAGUGGCAGUGGCCAGUCUAACUGACAAAGAGGUUAGGUGUGUUGUGUCACUGUCCUUCAGUGAUGUCACCAAGAAUGCUUCCAUGGUGAUUCCAGCUAGGGAUCAAGCUUCAAUUACUGGUGAGAAAUGGUUAGGGAUUAUACCUCCAUAA